AUGCGUUUACCUGAUAAAUUACCGAUUAUUUUCCAUAAUUUGAAAGGUUAUGACGCCCAUUUAAUUAUUAAAGGUCUCAAGACAGAUUCAAUCAGAAAAAUUAGCGUGAUUCCACAAAAUACUGAGAAAUACAUUGCAAUCAUUAUGGAUGAUUUUCUGUUUUUAGACAGCCUUGCUUUCUUACUUUCUAGUUUGGAUACACUUGCGAAUAAUCUGUCAAAUGAAGAAAAAACAAAAUUUCUAAAGCAAGUAUUUUCAGACGAAGAUUUACCAUUUAUACUUACAAAAGGUGCCCUGCCUUAUGAAUACAUGGAUUCUUGGGAAAGAUUUGAGGAAAGAAAAUUGCCUUCGAUUGAUAAAUUUUAUUCAAAUUUAUCAUUGAAAACUAUUGAUCAACAGACUUAUGAUAGACUUGGAGCAAUAUGGAAGCAUUUUAAAUGCAAGAACCUUGGUGAUUUUCAUGACGUUUAUCUCAAAGUUGAUGUUUUACUACUCACAGCGAUUUUUCAAAACUUUCGUGCUACAAGUCUUGCGCAGUUUGGAUUAGACCCAUGUCAUUAUUUUUCUACUCCUGGACUUACUUGGGAUGCAUCUUUGAAAUUUACUGGAAUGGAGUUGGAUCUUUUAACUGACAUUGAUAUGAUUUUAAUGAUUGAAAAUCAAAUACGAGGAGGAAUAUCAUGUGCAAUGUCUCGACAUGCUAAAGCAAACAAUCAAUUUUCCGAAGAAUAUAACCCUGAGGAACCAACAUCAUUUAUCGCCUAUCUUGAUGUUAAUAAUCUUUACGGUUAUGCCCUGAGUGACGUUUUACCAUGCAGAAACUUUGAAUGGGUACCAGAGAAUAUGUUCCAAAAUGUCAUUCAUGAAAUUUUGAAUUCUAAUCAGGAUCGAAAAACAGGAUACAUGCUUGAAGUUGACUUGGAUUAUCCUGCAUCAUUACAUGAUUUGCAUAAUGAUUACCCUCUUGCUCCUGAAAAAAUAAUUGUUGAAAAUGAUCAACUCAGUAAUUAUCAAAAGGAAAUUGUUGAAUUCUUGCAAUCCAAAGGGAUCAAGCGUUACAAAACUGCAAAACUGGUCCCAAAUUUAAUGAAAAAGGAAAAAUAUGUCCUUCACGAACAAAAUUUACGUUUUUACAUCGAGAAAGGACUUGUUCUCAAAAAAGUGCAUCGCAUAAUUAAAUUUGAACAAGAGCCUUGGUUACGACCCUACAUUCAAAUGUGUACUGAAAAUAGGAGAAAGGCUACUUCAUCAUUUGAAAAAGAUUUUUGGAAACUAAUGGUCAAUUCAUUAUACGGUAAAAGUAUUGAGGAUAAACGCAAACAUAGUGAAGUCAAAGUCGCUACAAAUGCCAGACAAGCCUUACAACAAAUAAGACAACCAAUGUUUGAGCAAUUUUACAUUUUGGACAAUAACUUAGCAAUCAUAAAAUUACAUCAUUUUCUAUAUGAUGUUACAAAUAAAAAGAAACUUGGAUACCUUAAAGAUGAAAUGAGUGGCGAAAUAAUUGAUGAAGUUGUUGCUAUAAAAUCAAAGCUUUAUGCAAUAAAAUAUGGUACAAAAAAGAAGCUUACUGCAAAAGGAGUUCAAAAAGCAAUUGUCAAAAGCGCAAUUACAAUCGAUGAUUACAAGGACUGUUUGUUCAACCAUGUAUUAUUGAAUCAUGACAAUUUUCGAUUACAGAGCAAACAACAUUCAAUUUCAUCAGUUAAAAUUAACAAGCUGUCUCUUUCGCCCCUCGAUGAUAAAAGAUAUAUUUUGGAUGAUGGAAUCUCAUCUUAUGCUUUUGGACAUUACAAAAUUGUUUAUUGA